AGAUUUCCGCAUCAUCACGUGCCUACGCUCGGAUCACCACGCUAGCCUUUUGCGUCGUUCACAUUGUGGCGACCUUAUUUAAGCUCCCGUUGUUGCCUGUCGAGUCCCGCCUUGUACACCUCAAUUUUCAGGCCGCUUUUUCCAUUGCGCACGCGAACUCGAGCUAUCGCGCAUCAUCCUCAUAAAGUGCUGGCCUCGCAUUGCGGGCCGUGGUCUCGCAUCGAAUCUUAUUGUUUCUUACUUCUUCGGAAGCUCACUCGUCCUUUCACCGUUGUUCACUUCCCAUUAUUAGCUUUGCAACAGCUGUUUUGCCAGCGGAUAUAUCAUAUCCUGAUAACCUUACCUUCCGAUCGAGAUUCCCAACUCCAUCGUCGCACAGAACCGGCACCUUCUCUGGAAAGAUGAGUGUGGUCUACGAACCCAGAAAUUUCAUCCACGAUGGAAAUUAUCCGCCCAUCGAUGAUCACCACGAUCCCAACCCAGACGACCGGUUCAACGACCCAAACGAUGCCGUCGUCACCGAGCUGGCUACCUAUGCCGGCCCGCCCUCUAACUUUGUCGAUUCUGAGCCUCGUCUUGACCUAGAUCCCCCGUCACUGCCAAAGGAGGACUCGCCCACCGCCUCUACUCCUCAGCGCAUCAAGGCUAUCCCGAAACCUGAGCGUGAUGUCACAAAGACCUUGGAGGGCAAAUUCGUCUGUACCUGGCCGGGUUGCAACGAGGAGAUCAAGGAGUUCCAGCGGAAGUGCGAGUGGAACAAGCAUAUGGACAAACACGAUCGACCCUACAAGUGCGGGGCGGAAGGAUGUGGGAAGCUCCCCGGCUUCACUUAUUCGGGCGGACUGCUACGACAUGAGCGCGAAGUCCACGGAAAGCACGGUGGACCCAAGAACUCAUUCAACUGCCCGCAUGUCAACUGCAAGCGACACACCGGCAAGGGCUUUUCCCGACUUGAGAAUCUUAACGAACAUCUCCGCAGGGUCCAUUCCCCUAUGAAUGGUAUCGUGAACGGCACCGAAGGCGACACGGAUGAUGGCGGGAGCGAGACAGCAGGACAAAAGCGCAAGCGCGAUGACGAGGGUGAUCUGCACGAAGAGAUCAAGCGGGUGCGGCAGGAGAACAGCGAACUUCGGCGCCAGGUCGAUGCGCAGAACCGCCAAACCGUGGCCAUGAUGCAGCAGAUUGCGCAGCUCCAAGAAGCCCUGCAGCUCCAGCCACGGAUUGCGCCGACCGCGCCGAUGAUUUAGGAGAGAUUCGGCAUGGAGCAGUACGACCUGGACCAGGACGACCAUGCUCAAAUCAACGCUCAGGCUUACGCGGCUGAGCAG